UGUGCACCCACGCAAUGAUGGCAAAGUCCCUCGCCGGUCUUGACUAUUUGACUUCUUCAUUCUCCUCAAGGCGAGCCGACGAGGUCGUCACUGAAGCCAUCUCCGAGCACCUUAGCCCCUAGGUAUCCUCCUUCUCCUCCCCACUAUCCUCCUCCUUACCAUUCAGUUCCUCUCCUCCAUGCGGCUCCUUCAUCUCCUCCCUCAGCUGAACUCACGAUUCCACACUGCUCCUCGCUUAUCAUUCACAAUUCUAGAGCUUCAGACUCCAAGCUCGUCCUUCCUCUGUGGUUUCCUCCAAGUUUGUUCAUGAUGUCAUUUGCUGCUGCUUCUUCAAUUCUUCGUCUUCUCGCCGAGCUCCAAAUCCAGCUUCCACUCAAAAAUCCCAAGUCUUCGUCUUCGUCUUCUCAUCUCCUACACCCUCAUCGAUCUGCCUCCUCAUGACUGCAACUUUGUCCGUGGGUUUCGAAUGAUGGUAGCAAUAAUAGUGUUAUGAACUUCUGAUAAUCUCCUGUUGUGGGUUCCAUUUUCUCUCUCAUCCCUUGGUUCUAAUUUGUUGCCAUGAGUUUGAUCCUAUGAGGAAGAAGCUUGAUUCUCGUUUCCCUGCUUUUGAAGGCUCAAGGAGGUUCAGAACUCGGGAACUUUUGGCAAAGUCAGGAAAACCUUGCACUGUCCCUCUUCUUCCGUUUCAAUACAGAACACGAACUGCAAACCGAAGCUUUAAAGUUGGAGACAUGGAUCCUGAGACUGCGUUAGAACUUGUGAAGCACGGUGUCACUCUCCUCCUCCUCGAUGUUCCUCAGUAUACCCUUGUCGGAAUCGAUACUCAGAUGUUCUCUGUGGGACCUUCUUUUAAAGGGAUUAAGAUGAUCCCUCCUGGUCCUCAUUUUGUCUAUUAUAGUUCUUCAAGCAGGGAUGGCAAGGAGUUCGCACCAAUAAUUGGGUUCUUUGUUGAUGUUGGUCCUUCAGAGGUAAUUAUUCGAAAAUGGGAUCAACAAGAGGAAAGGCUAAUAAAAAUGUCUGAGGAAGAGGAGGAAAGAUACUGUCAAGCAGUUAAAAGUUUGGAGUUUGACAGACAUCUUGGGCCAUACAAUCUUACUAAUCAUGUUGGCUGGAAGCGAUUAUCUAAUUUUGUUACGAAGAGUGUCAUAGAACGGCUAGAGCCCAUUGGAGGGGAAAUCACUGUUGUAUAUGAGAGUGGGAUAGUUGGAAACACGUCAAAAACGCCAAUGGAGAAGGCACUAGACAAGCAACUUAAGGCUAGUAAGUUUGCAACGUCAGUUGACAAGUCUCAGAGGAAAGGAUGCUACUAUACCUCUGUUCCCAGUGUUAUAAAGCGUAAAGGGAUGCAUGGACAGGAACUUACUUCUGUGAAUCUUGACAAGACACAAUUGUUAGAAACUCUGCUGGAAAAAGAUUAUGGAGGUUCUGAAGACUUGCUUCUUGGAGAACUGCAGUUUGCAUUUGUUGCCUUCUUGAUGGGACAAUCACUUGAAGCAUUUCUCCAGUGGAAAUCUUUGGUUAGCCUUUUUUUAGGCUGUACUGAAGCACCCUUCCAUACGCGGAGUCAACUGUUCACAAAGUUCAUAAAGGUCAUCUACUAUCAACUAAAAUAUGGACUACAGAAGGAUUGCCCUGAUGAAACAGGGACAGCAUUACUGGAUGAUUCUUGGUUUUCUGCUGAUAGCUUUCUGCACCAUCUUUGUAAGGAUUUCUAUUCUCUGAUUCAAGAUGCCUCUGUUGUUGAUGGAGAUCUUCUGUCAUGGACAAGGAAAUUCAAGGAGCUGCUGGAGAGCAGCUUGGGUUGGGAGUUUCAGCAGAACAGUGCCGUUGGUGGGAUAUAUUUUGAAGAGAAUGACGAGGUCAGUGGAUUCAAUAUUUUACUCUCUUGGCCUUGCAAUCUGUAUACUUCUACAUGGACCUUACUCACUAUACAUUUUGCAGUAUGCUCCUGUAGUGGAGAUGUUGGAUGAUGAAGCCCCCGCAGUGUAGAAAGUAUAUAUAUUACACACACAAACGUACGAGUAUUUUAGAGUUAAUUAUGAAUAUUUUGAGAAUUUCAUGGAAUUUGUCCAAAGCUGCUGUCGUGGCUUUGGGAAGUUCCUAAAUUUUACAUUGUAGGGUAGAACACGAUAACAAGUUAUUAUAAACGAAGCAUUUUAGUAUUC